AGAAGUAGUUCACUUGGAGUUUCACAAUAUCCUUGUCAGACAAUAGUUACAAAACUCAAGGAGGCAUGGAAGCACUUCUGCCUCGGGCCAGCACAGUAUAUAGCCCUGGAGCUGAGUCUGGCUUUCUCUCUAAAAGAACUUAAUUUUUUUUUCUUUAAAAAAAACGAUUACAAAUGAGUAUUUUUAAAAACUGCUUACUGGGGCACGUCGUUUGAUUGAUCUUCUGACCUGGGGUAGCCAGAAACCACCCACAGAGAUCCACUACGAAGGAAGCUGAUUGUUUUCUUACUGGGUCUCAUAGAGAUUAAGGAGCUCGGGGUUUAUCAGAUAUCAAUGUAACUAUUGAUGCCAAACUACAUCCAAAGCGAAAGAAAGAAAAGGAUGAGAAGUUGGAUUUUAAAUUUGGAUCAGGAAAAAUGCAACACAUGGCAUUCAUCCCAACCUACGAGGAGUACAGUAAUGAAGCGCUUUCAGUGGUGAGUGAAGAUCAGUCGUUGUUUGAGUGCGCCUACGGAACGCCACAUCUUACUAAAACGGAGAUGACCGCAUCUUCUUCCAGUGACUAUGGGCAAACCUCGAAAAUGAGUCCACGCGUGCCUCAGCAAGACUGGCUCUCUCAGCCUCCAUCCCGGGUCACCAUCAAGAUGGAAUGCAAUCCUACUCAAGUCAAUGGAUCAAGGAGCUCCCCGGAUGACUGCAGUAUAGGAAAAGGAAGCAAAAUGGGCGCAGGGUCCGAUAAUGUUGGAAUGAAUUAUGGCAGCUACAUAGAAGAAAAACACAUUCCACCCCCAAAUAUGACAACCAAUGAGAGGAGAGUUAUUGUACCUGCUGACCCUACUUUGUGGAGCACAGAUCACGUCCGACAGUGGCUAGAAUGGGCGAUAAAAGAAUACGGGCUUCCAGAUGUCGAUGUUCUUCUAUUCCAAAACAUCGACGGGAAGGAAUUAUGCAAGAUGACCAAAGAAGAUUUCCAUCGGCUAACUCCAAGUUACAAUGCCGAUAUCCUCCUCUCACAUCUUCACUACCUCAGAGAAACUCCUCUUCCACAUUUGACUUCAGAUGAUGUUGAUAAGGCCUUACAAAACUCGCCACGGUUAAUGCAUGCUAGAAAUACAGGAGGCGCAUCUUUUAUUUUCCCCAACACAUCCGUUUAUCAAGACGCAAGCCAAAGAAUCACCAGCAGGCAAGAUUUAUCAUAUGAGCCCUCAAGGAGAUCUGCUUGGACCAAUCAUCCAGCCCCACCAACAAAAGCAUCUCAACCACCAGCCACAGUUCCCAAAACAGAAGACCCCAGACCACAGCUAGAUCCAUAUCAGAUUCUUGGGCCAACGAGCAGCCGCCUUGCUAAUCCAGGAAGUGGCCAAAUUCAGCUCUGGCAGUUCUUACUGGAACUUCUUUCCGACAGUUCCAACUCCAAUUGUAUCACUUGGGAAGGAACCAACGGAGAGUUUAAGAUGACCGAUCCCGACGAAGUGGCGAGACGUUGGGGGGAGAGGAAAAGCAAACCCAACAUGAACUACGACAAGCUCAGCCGCGCACUCCGUUACUACUAUGAUAAAAAUAUUAUGACUAAAGUCCACGGCAAGCGCUAUGCCUACAAGUUUGAUUUUCACGGGAUUGCUCAAGCUCUUCAACCUCAUCCUCCAGAGUCCACCAUGUACAAGUAUCCCUCAGAACUGCCAUAUAUGAGCUCAUACCAUGCACAUCCACAGAAGAUGAACUUUGUUGCCCCCCAUCCUCCAGCUCUACCUGUGACAUCGUCAAGUUUCUUUGCAGCCCCUAACGCAUACUGGAAUUCACCAACUGGAAGUAUUUAUCCGAAUACCCGGCUGCCAGCUAGCCAUAUGCCUUCUCAUCUCGGAACCUACUAUUAAAUGAAGCGACGAAAGACUAUAUUGUGGGUAAUGGUCCCUACUUUGUUGCAACUGACUCUGAAUUGAGUUGACUUACAAGUGCCUUUUAUAAUAGAUACACGACAAAGGGGGACAGUGCAGGAAAGAAAUGUUCUAGAGCGUAGGGUUGAAAAGAAUUUAUUACUAACGAAGUUCAGAUGCUAACGAUGUUAUAUAGAAGGCAUCGAGGCUUUGGACCAAUAUAUAUAUGAGACUUUAAACCGAAGUCUGUAAAGGAUUCUCCUAAAAUGGUUUUGAAUUGAUUCUACAAUGUCAUACACUCUUUCUUUAAUGACAGCAAUUGAUAGAAGAAAAAAAAUAUAUAUAUAAAAAUAUAUAUGCCAGACAGUUACCAUGAAAAUGCCGUUUUUUAAACUUCUGAUUUAAGAAAAAGGAAAUGAACAGUAUUUAGAAAAACAGAUGUAUAUAUAAAAAUCUCAUAGAAAAGCUAAUGUAAAUUGCACAUUAUCACCAUUGAGUUCAUACUAAUGUUAUUAUUGUUUUGUAACAGAGGAGGGGGGGAAAAAAUGGAAACGUAUCGGAAAAUGUCAUUGUCAAAACUGUGAAAAUUAUCCACAUUUGUUUUUUUUCUUGAUAUUCAGCAAAGAGAAGGUCGUGCUCUAUGGAAAUAAGAAUGUGCUAAAAGAGAAGUUUAUUCUAGUUCAGGAGGCAGAUAUGGAAAGAGCAGAGGGAAAAGUGGUGGAGGAUGCGGGAUACGUUUCUAUAGAAGAUACGAAGGACGGUUUUUAGGGUCUUACUUGGAAAUGUUUUUGACAGUAUUACUUGUGCCGCGACAGUGUUCCGUGAGGCAGAACAAAAAAAAAUACAAAACCUGGAUAAACAUUGAAAAGGGAAAUAGUAUAGGUUAGAAGAAUUUUCUCUAAUUGUAUUAUAAAACUGGAAUUGUCUGAUAUGUAAAGGGAACAUUUAGGAUCUCGUUUUUGUACACAGCAUUCUUGCAUUUUCUUCUAAGAGAAGCGUGGCCUUUCUGGGAAAAGGGGGGGAUAAAUAUCAAAUUUAAGAAGAAAUAUAAAUAUCUGGUGUUCUCUUUUUUAUUAGAAUUUUUAUAAAUACGCUGCAUCCGAGCUCUUCCAUAACCGUUGUUAGACAAUAGAUUUAAUAUCGCACUGAUUUUUAACAGCAAUAAAAAAACACCUUUAUAGAAAUAUAUUACGUGGGAUCCUAUAAAGACCUUUUCCAGUUUUGCUACCUAUGCUCUCAGGGUGGAAUUUGUAUGCAAUGUCUUUUUUUUUUAUUUGAUCUCUUUAACGGAAGUCCGGACGGAGCGUAAAGGCGGAGCUUCCCCUGAGCUCAGGAAUAUGACUUCUCGUGUUAUUGUUUUUGUUUUUUUCUCGAAAAAAAAAAGCAGGCGCCAGUUUUAUAUGAGCCGCGAACGCUGUGCGUUCGUCAGAUUGAAGUAUACAAGUCAAUGGUAUUUUUCAUUUUUUUUUUUAUAUAUAUAUAAUUAUAUAAGUUAUGCAUUUAUACACUACGAGUUGAACUCGGCCAAACCAAAGAAACAAGGGACAUUGUAAAAAAAAAGAAAAAAAAUGUUGUGGCCUUGAAUUUAAACUCUGUAUGCUUUGUUGUUUACAGUAUGAACUAGUAGUACUUAGACUGCGGUUUGUGAGCAAUACCAUUAGCUUGGCCUAGCAUGGCAUUGUAGUUUGCCUUAGCAUAUAAACAUGACCAAAAUCACCAUCCCAUCCCUUAUUUUUUUUUUAAUGCAACAUUUCUAGGACCGCCUUCAUAAAAAUGUCAAGUUUUGACGUAAUCUUGAAACAAAAAUUGGCCCAGGAAAUCUUAUAUAGUUGUAAAACAUUAUAUAUAGGGUGAAUUUUUUUUGCGAGGUGUGGAUUCACGGCUAAUGUCCCCAUUUCGCCAUUGGAGAAUUAUUUAGCAGAACUGCUGCGGAAAAUUCGCCGCGCAUCAACAAAAAGUUGUGCGGGCGUGUCAAAAUAGGCGUGGUCACUGUAAAAUAGGUGUGGUCACUGCUAAAUAGGCGUGGUCACUCUAAAAUGGCCGCAUCAACAGAAAGUUGCGCAGUGAUGUCAAAAUAGGCGCGGUUGCAGCAAAUUGGGCGUGCUCACUGCCAAAUGGGCGUGGUCAUUGUGAAAUAGGCAUGGUCACUGUAAAAUGGGCGUGAUCACUGAAAAAUAGGCGUGGUCACUGCAUAAAACCACGCGUGCGACAACAAAAGUCUUGCGACAAAUGCGUUUCGCAGAUUUUCUGCCGUUUUGCGAAUUUUUAGGCCGAAACGGGACAGAUUCCCUCAUCGCUAAUUAUAGAAAUUCAAGUGCUUUAUUCACAUUUUAUCAGAUCAAUUUUCAUCCAAGUUUUAAAGGGAAUUUUGAACUUCUUAAUCAUCUUUUUAUACCUGUGCUAACAUGUUCUCAGAGUUUGAAUUAAAAUCUAAAGCAAAUCCAACGUAUUUAUAGGAAACAAUAAAAAAAACAAAAGUAAAAAAAAUAAAGUUUGGGAUUUUUUUUCCAUGUAUUAUUUGUAAACUCUCUGUGGCCCCCUAGAAAAAGCUGUAACCUGCUCCACUUGCUCCACCUUUCAGUAAAGGUGACCUUACACUGCUAGAACUGGGCCCAAUUUGGCCUUCAAUAUACUGCCAGAACUGGGCCCAAUUUGGCCUUCAAUAUACUGCUAGAACUGGGCCCAAUUUGGCCUUCAAUAUACUGCUAGAACUGGGCCCAAUUUGGCCUUCAAUAUACUGCUAGAACUGGGCCCAAUUUGGCCUUCAAUAUACUGCUAGAACUGGGCCCAAUUUGGCCUCCAAUGUACUGCCAGAACUAGGCCCAAUUUGGCCUCCAAUAUAUUGCUAGAACUGGGCCCAAUUUGGCCUCCAAUAUACUGCUAUUACUGGGCCCAAUUUGGCCUCCAAUAUACUGCUAGAACUGGGCCCAAUUUGGCCUCCAAUAUAUUGCUAGAACUGGGCCCAAUUUGGCCUUCAAUAUACUGCUAGAACUGGGCCCAAUUUGGCCUCCAAUAUAUUGCUAGAACUGGGCCCAAUUUGGCCUCCAAUAUACUGCUAGAACUGGGCCCAAUUUGGCCUCCAAUAUAUUGCUAGAACUGGGCCCAAUUUGGCCUCCAAUAUACUGCCAGAACUGGGCCCAAUUUGGCCUUCAAUAUACUGCUAGAACUGGGCCCAAUUUGGCCUCCAAUAUACUGCUAGAACUGGGCCCAAUUUGGCCUCCAAUAUAUUGCUAGAACUGGGCCCAAUUUGGCCUCCAAUAUACUGCCAGAACUGGGCCCAAUUUGGCCUUCAAUAUACUGCUAGAACUGGGCCCAAUUUGGCCUCCAAUGUACUGCCAGAACUGGGCCCAAUUUGGCCUCCAAUAUACUGCUAGAACUGGGCCCAAUUUGGCCUCCAAUAUAUUGCUAGAACUGGGCCCAAUUUGGCCUCCAAUAUACUGCCAGAACUGGGCCCAAUUUGGCCUUCAAUAUACUGCUAGAACUGGGCCCAAUUUGGCCUUCAAUAUACUGCUAGAACUGGGCCCAAUUUGGCCUUCAAUAUACUGCUAGAACUGGGCCCAAUUUGGCCUCCAAUAUACUGCUAGAACUGGGCCCAAUUUAGCCUCCAAUAUACUGCUAGAACUGGGCCCAAUUUGGCCUCCCACAUAAAGGGCCAAAGCACUGGUAUUAGGACCUUAUCAAUGCACCAGAUAAUGAUUGGACAUAAUUGAUGAUGGGCCUUAACCACGGGCCAAUAAGCUUUCAGCUUAGUUCAGAGAGACUGAGUUAGCAGUUUUAAUCAGUCUGUGUAUGGUUAACUUAACAUAGACAUAUCCCCAAAAACUUCAGCUUUUCUUAAGGGGCGUUUUUUUUUUUUAAUUUAAAUUCAUGUUUUUCCACGGUUUGAGAAAAUUGGGUGCAAAAUGAUGAUAAAAGCUAUUUUUGAAUGUGAGUUGAUCAAAUUUGAAAAAUUCAAACGAUAAACUUCAGCAGCUAAAACCCGCCAAUUUUCUAUAGAAGUCAAUUUUCAACUAUAUUUGUAAGAAUGUUUUUCAGUGAAUGGAAUAACAACGAUUUUUAAUGUGGUCACCCACAAACUAAUUCUCAAAAUUCAAGUUUUUCCUUGUAUAUACGGCAUUUUAUUCCAAAAUCUAGUUUCCAAAAAACUCAAUAAAUUAUUACAUUUACAUUGGGCUGAGCAUAUUGUUUAACUGCUUAGUACAUUCAGUUUUGUGCCAAAUAUUUAUAAAAAAACCACCAAAAUCAUCUUCAACGGCCAACGCUGACCCAAGGUAUAGAUACCCAGUGAGUAUAACUCAGGGUUGCUAGGCAACAUAUUAAUGCUGCUACAUCCCAAGCUUGGCCGAACGCUUGGAUAAUCAAGGUCAGCGCCAUGAUAUAUGAACAUGGGAACCAAAUGGGAAUGUGAUUGGUUCAUGUAGCCGCCAUUGUGUCCAAUGUUUUUGUAGCAUUAAACAAAACUGCCAUUCCAUAGAUAUUCAUAGCAUUCCCCAUAUCCAUAUUGUACGUGUCUUGGUUGGGUGAUUUUGUCGGGAAGAUCGGUGUUAAAGAUUCCAUUAUUAUCAGUUUCUUAUGGCGAAAUGGACUUUCCGUCGUUGCUUUGUACUGCACACAAUACAGAUAUGGCCUUUAGUCCUUUUGAUAAACUUCUCUGUAAAAAAAAAAAAAAAGAUGGGCGGGGUUAGAUGUGUAGAUAGGGGGGGGCCCAAAAUCGGCAAAAAUUGACUCAACGAGUAUUUACCUUGGUACCUAAAGGGGUUAAAAAAUGUACAUAAAUAUGUGGAGAAUAUUAGAAAAUAUUUUCAUAUUUCUCUGAAUUAAUUGAAAAGAACCAAAAAAACCCAAAAACAAACGCCCUCUGUUUUUUACCGACCACUACAUUUGUACUUACUAUGUAAAACUCACGAGGGUUGUGUUAUAUGUGUAACCAGGACCUAACACUAAUUGAUUCUUUGUUGCAUUAAAGGCAGCUUGUUAGAUGUGUCAGAAGAAAAAGACUUUGUCUAAAGCAGCAGUACUAAUUAUUAUUUAAAGAAAUCAAAUAUAUAAACCAAUAAAAUCAUCAACAAAAA